AAAAACGACCCCUGAUCUUAUACCCGUGAUGAAAAGAUAGUUUCAAUUGACAUAGAUGACACUACAGUGUCAUAUGUUCGAUGUGAGAGAGAUAAUAGAUGGAAAACCGCCUCUUACACUUAAUCCUAUUUAUUAUGAAGAUUCGGAUACACUGAAAAUUUAUUUCGUUGAUUAUAUGUCGCCUACAAGCACAUUACAAAACAAUUAUGUGGAAACCAAAUUGAGGAUGUCAAAGUGGAACGGGAUAAUAAGGGUCGAAUUAUUUGUAUUUUGUUUUGUAAUGCCAAAAUGAGAAUAGCAAAACCAAUAUCUAAAGAAGAAAGGGACGAGUCUGUUGGUGACGUACAGUAAUUUUGA